AUGAACUACACCAGUAGGAUAGCCCCGGACUUUCCUCACGACGUGACAGUUGAUGCGAUCACUUCCUUCUUUGUCAUUUAUAUGAAGAAUGACUGCCUUCCAACAAUUGCACAUGCCCAUUUAGCAUUGGCUGAUUGGCUUCCAAAGGGCGUCAUGGAGAAAAAAUGCCUUCGUCUGGCUCAGCUUCAUUCAGAUGCUGUUGACUUUAACAAGACGGGUACUGUUGCAGUUAUGACCAAGGAUUUGAGGCCCAACAAGUGGCCGCAUUUUAUGGAGAAGAGGCACGUUCCGCAGUCGCGAAUUUACAAGUCCAAGAGAGUCCUGGGCCAGCUGUACGACGCAGUACAGGUCCCUGCCUUUCUUCCCAAUCUUGAGAAACCCUUCGAUGCUCGGAUCUUGAAUUCCCUGCUGCUUGAAGCGAGCGAGGAAUACAUGGUCUAUGCCAAAGAGCUCAAAGAGGAGUAUGACAUGGCCAUGCGACAGAUCAUGGCCCAAUAUGAGAUUGAAACUGAAUUCGAGAUCGUCUCGGGCUUUACUCUCCGCCAUUGCUUCCCGGGCAAGGACUACAAGAUGCAAGAAGACAUGGGUCGAAUCUCAUCUAUUCUCCGCGGGGAAUUUCGCCAUCAGUGCUACAACAAAGUCGGAAACCGUGACGGUAACAUUGCUGCCUUGGUGCUCGCCAUGUACCGUGUGACGCAUCAGGAGAUGAAUGCAGCAUUCGAGGCUCAGCGACAGGAAGAAACUUUGAGAAAGGACCUCUCAAAUCUCGACGUGCCAUCAACCAAACUUCCACUCAUCAGCUUCCCCUGGAUUUUCCCUGAAGUCCUCGGCAAGAUUGCAACGGGCAGAGUCAGGGAGCGAGCAGAGCCAGAAGAAGGCGCUGUUGGUGGCCUUCCAGUCAACUUUGGAGGCAAUCUAAUGUUCACAUACAAGGAAGCCCAAAAUGCCUCCGAAGCCAUGAAUUACCAGAGCGGUCCAGAAACGAUUGAACCUGCUGACAAUGCUCCAGACGCUCAACUUCCAAGGCUAACGGGCUCCUGGGAGCCAUUGGUGGAGUUCCCUGGCGAAGGAAUGGCCAGCUUUGAGGAUUCCAAUUCAGAGCCAUCUUUUGAUGAGGCUACGAUGGCCAGUCUUAGGCAGUUUCGGCUUGCGAAUGGGAAUGAGAACCGCGUUCGUGUAAGCACGAGAUCAUUGUGCUCAAUGGGCUCUUGGUGUGAAUUGGUUGAGCGCCGAGACGAGUUCUCAAUGAAGGAUGAAGAAAGUGAGGAGGGGGCUUGCAUAAAGGAACCCGUCGAGAUUGAUAUGAUUGAAGAUGCUGGGAUGAAGGGUAGCUUCAAGCCUAAUCCGCUUGAUGAGCUACUCAGCCUGCUUGGCUAA